GCUAAACUUUGUUGGGUGAACUUUCUUCAACACGUCUGCUUGUGGGAUAAGUUGCUUCUUGAUGUAGUACCCUGCGAGACUUUGUCUGUUGUGGUUAUUAAUACAGCCUGAGCUAGUUUGCAUGUGCCAAGAACUAGGAUACGUUAACAAUAGGAAUGCAUAAUGAGGAAAAAACGAACUGUUCGUCGUCCACUUGGUUUCUAGCAUAAACCGCUAGUCAUUUAGCAAUGGUACAUUUGACGCACCGUGUCUCAAACAAUAGCGACUGCAAAAACGGUCUUGAUAUGGGGUGUUUUUCCUUACUACAAACCACCAUUCCUAUCAUUCAUGUGUGAUUUUGUUUAACGCUGCUAAUAAUGUUCACGCUGCCUGAAAAGAAUGAGCCUCCCAACUUUGCAGCAUGACUAGACGUGGUGUAUUUGCUAAGUUUACAAACCUGGAAAAGCACAUGAAGCACAUUAAGUGAAACCAACUACUUAACAACAAAACCAUGGAACUUUACCAUGUAUUGGAGAUGAUAGGAGAGGGCUCCUUUGGACGAGUCUACAAAGGGCGCCGAAAGUACAGCGGGCAGGCGGUGGCGCUCAAGUUCAUCCCUAAAGUGGGCCGCUCAGAAAAGGAGCUGCGAAGCCUCAAAAGGGAAAUUGACAUCAUGAGAGGACUGAGACACCCCAACAUAGUGUUGCUGUUGGACAGCUUCGAGACUGACAGAGAGGUGGUUGUGGUGACAGAGUAUGCUGAAGGGGAGCUGUUUCAAAUACUGGAGGAUGAUGGAAACCUUCCUGAGAACCAGGUGCGUGAAAUCGCUUGCCAGCUUGUGUCUGCCCUGUACUACUUGCACUCCCACCGGAUCCUUCACCGAGACAUGAAACCACAAAAUAUCCUACUAGGAAAAGGAGGGGUUGUGAAACUGUGCGAUUUUGGUUUUGCGCGCACCAUGAGCGUGUCGACGCUGGUGCUGACCUCCAUCAAGGGCACGCCGCUCUACAUGUCCCCCGAGCUGGUGGAGGAGAAGCCCUACGACCACACGGCCGACCUCUGGUCCCUGGGCUGCAUCCUCUACGAGCUGCACGCCGGCGUGCCGCCCUUCUACACCAACUCCAUCUUCCAGCUGGUGCAGAUGAUCGUCAAGGACCCCGUCAAGUGGCCCGACAGCAUGAGCCCCGGCUGCACGAACUUCUUGCAAGGCUUAUUGACCAAAGACCCGCAAAGGAGGCUGUCCUGGCCUCACCUUCUCCAGCAUCCAUUUGUUGCCGAUGGAGUCUUGGUGCUGAAAGACGAGGGCUCCUCUAGUCCGCUGACAGUAACCCCCAGCCCAGACGUGCAGGCCCAGAGGCAGCAGCAGGCCGCCGAGAAGACAGCGCCCUCCACUGGAGAGAGCAAGCUGCUGCGCAAGGCCAGGGAGCAGAGGGACAAGGAGAGGAGAGGAAAACAGACGCGCUCGAAAACGGCACCAGCUGGAAAAACCCCAUCCUCUGACAGCAGCUCCUCAGCGGCCUGCUCCCAGCAGCCACAGCAGCCUAAUUGCACACGGGUCAUGAGGGUGCAGUCUGCCCCCAACAAAGGGCAGAUCAGCCAGGACUACGAGCGGGAGUUCCCCUCGGUGGAGGUGGGGCCCAGGCAGCUGCUGAAGCUCUCCGCAUCCAAGCAGAGCAACCUGGGCUCCGUCAGGAUGGACAGUGAGGACAUUGACAGUGAUGAGGAGUGGCAGAAGUUUGCCCAAGUGAGUGAUUGGACGAGUCAGGCGUUGCUGGACACAAAUAUCCUGGCCCGCCUCAAGGCAAAACUGCUUGCAUCCAAAGAAAAGCUACUGGAGGGCAUGCUGGAAGGGGCCAGUCAGAUUCGGGAACCCCUCCAGGUCCUGAGAAACGUCCUGACCUGUGACCCAGAGGACGCUCCUCGAGUUUGCCAGGAAGUCGAUCUGCCACAUUUCCUCUUUGAUCUUAUUGAAGAUGUUCUCAGCAGCACUGUAGUUCUGCAGCAGCCCUGGAGCGGGGCAGUACUGGGUGACCUGAUGUCAGUGCUGCUGGUGUUCUGGGAGACACUACCAGACUGGGACAUCGCAGGCAGGAGGCCAGAGGAGCUCUCCAAGCUGUUUGUGGCUGUGCUGUUUCGUCCUGGUCCACACCCUCUGGUGCCUCUCGCUGCCUCUGUUCUGACCUUCUUCACACUCCAUGGUGUGCAUGUGGAUGUUGGGACAGAGACAUUGACAGCCAUGUUGACACAGUCAUUCACAGAGCGCAGGGAGUUUUAUUACCCCUUGCCACACAGCUGGGGCUUAUGUGAUGGACUGCUCUCAUUGUUACUCUACUCUGUCUCCGAGACUGAGGCAGACUCUUUGUCGUGGCUGUUGGACUCUGGUGUUUGGCGCCAUCUAUGGGUGAAAAUUGGAAGCUCGCUGGAAAAAACAACCAAGACAGACCUGGUGUCCCCCAAUGGGCUGCAUACACUGCUGUCUCUGGCGGCGUUUGCCUUCACCAAGGAGCCGUACAGCUGUGUCCCCCUGCUCUCCGACAGCUCGGCCUACUGUGCCUCCACCCUCAGCCAUCUGCUGAGCUCUCCUCCUCCUCCCUGUAGCGAUGGUAGAAGGCGGAUUGGCAGUGGCGGUGGCGGCGGCGCUGGCGGGCCUUCGGGGGGCGAGCCGGAUGCCAACAGCCUGGCGGCGGGCAGCUGCCACCUGCUCUGCUUCCCCUUUGCCCUGGAGGUGUCUCCGGAGAAGACGGCCGCGAUUCUGCAGUGCUAUCACAGCGCCGGCGUCGUCCAGGGUCUGGUGCAGGUCAUCCAGUCCCUGCCCCCCUCCCUCCUGGAGCUGCCCCUGGCUCUGCUCUGCCGCUUGCUGCUGUGUGACCCCCAGCGCUCCGUGCCCAGCUUUACCACCGCUGCCUGGGAACGAGGCCUCUUCGCCCUGCCCGGACACGCAGGGCAGGAGGGGGUUAGCACGGAGCCGAACCACCACCACCAUCAUCACCACCGGCCUGGGGUGGGUGUGGAGCGAUCAGCCCGUAACACACUUCCCCCAGACAGGAGAGAGGACCAGCCAAAGGAUAACAAGGCCCGGGGCGACGUAAGUAAUUGCCAGCCACAGCACAGGCCUCUGCAGGCCGUGGGGAGGGGGAGGAUGGAUAACAGCAGCACAUGGGAGGGGAACAGUUCGCUAGUGGGCAGCCGGGAGCUGCUGAAAGACAGCCUGGACCAGCACAGCUUCCACAUCGAGGACAUCAUGGACAGCUUAGAGUGCACAGACCUACAGCAGCAGCUCGGCGCAACCGAGCGCAGAGGGGUCUCGCAGCUCAAGAAGCCCCACCAGGGGCCCCACCAACCUGCAGCCCAGUCAGGGGGGUCCGCGUUAGCUGCGAGCCAGCCUACGGAGUCUGCAUCCCGGGCACGAACCGCCAGCGCGCUCCUCUCCCUGCUCCUGGAGGACGGCUGUCUGUCGGGCUGCGCGGCCGAGUUCCUCUCGCUGCUGUCACAGGUGGCCCGGGGCUCGGUGCGGCCCUCGCUGCUGCUGGUUCCCCUGGAGCCCCGGCUGCUGAGGGCGGCUCUGCAGCACCCGGAGGACAGCGUCAGGGCCGCCGCGUGCAGCCUACUGGGCAACCUGGACCCCCUGGUGGCGUCGGCGACGGGGACGGAGAAGACGACGCCUAAAGGGGACGGCAAUGGCCACUGUGGACCGAGUUGGAGGGUGCCGCCGGCGCUUUUGCAGGACCUGAUCGGGUGUCUGCGGGACCCGUCUCCGUCGGUGAGGAAGAGGGCCUGCAGAGCCGUGGGGACUUGGCUGGGGCUGAUCGCGCUGGCUGCGCCGGGGGAGGGGAAGACCCCGGGGAGGAGCGAAGAGCCAAAACCUCCAAACAGAGGCAACGCAACAGCAGGACACAGUGCAGCAAGAGGUGGCAAGAGGCGUGGCAGCGUGGGCACAGGUACGGGCACAUGUGCCGGGGACCCAGCGGCUGUCCCAAGAGCUGAUGGUGGCAGUGAGGGGUGGACAGAGGUGGCACUGGGCGCGGCCGUGCCUCUGCUGGCUCUGCUCAGAGACCCCGACGCCCUCACCCGCCAGCACAGCUGUGCAGCGCUGGCCAACGCCGCCGGGCUCCGCGGGGGUAAGGCGGCACUGCUGGAGGCCGACGCUCAACGCCUGCUACAGCACGCGGCCCGUACGGACUCCCAGCACGCAGUGCAGCGGGCGGCAGCGGGCGCCCUGUGUGUGUUCGACCAGGAGGAUGUUCAACAGCAGCUGCAAUCGCAGCAGCAGCGGAAAGUUGAGGUGAAGAAGGUGAGAGGCCGUGGAGCACAAAAGGUUAACACGUGACACUGCAAGUGAAAUAGCAAAGAUGGCACAUUUUUUUCACAUUUUUUCCCAUAGGCUGUAUUCUUUUAUGUGCGGACGGCAAGGGAUAUAGUGUAGCUAGUACACGAAUAUAGCCUAAGCAAAGUGCUGCCUUUUUGCUGUAUUACUGAUGUGAACUAUUUGAUGGUCCCACACUCUCAAUAUAUGAGGGGGAAAAGACAGACUGAAAAACUGAGACUGACUGAAGCCCGUUUCCAAAACCUGUGGUUCUACACACUUAAUAUACUAAACGUCAACGGUCGUACAGACAUGUAACUUGGAGCAGCCACACAGAGCUCAAAUUCAAUAACACUAAACUGCUGAGGGGUACAACAGAGUUCCCCCACGGUACGGGGAAAAAUAGUAUUGGACAUUGAUUGUAUGGUGCAUAAAAUACUCUGAUAGAAAACACAACCUCUCUUCAAAGCACUUAUCUGCCAAAGUCAAUAAUUGUAAGUAGGUUUUUUUGCCAGUGUAAAAAUGUUGGAUGGAGUGCUUGCUCUCCAUUAUAAAGGGAGAGUUGUGUUGACAAGUGACUGAAAAGGUGUGGGUGUGCGCGCGUGUGUGUGUGUGUGUGUGUGUGUGUGUGUGUGUGUGUGUGUGUGUGUGUGUGUGUGUGUGUGUGUGUGUGAGUGUGUGUGUGUGAGAUUGUUUUUUUGAUAAGGGAUGACUUGUGAAACAAAAUAAACUUAUCACCACUGUGAUGAAAUCUAAAAAAUGAUUACCUGAAUAUUUCUUUUUAGUU